AUAGGUCAUCUUUGGCAGCCUCGCGCCGCAGCCCCUGGAGAUAUUUUGCCCUGUUCUGCUUUGUGAGUUGCUUCAAGAGGAAAACACGCAGGAGCUGGAAAAAAUGACCAGAGUCGCUCAGACGCUUCCCACAAAUAUGCACUAGUCUCCUGCUAGGAUUCCGGCGCAGCUGCCGGCUUUUCUAGAAAUCCUGAGAGACACAGAGACGGAUGAAGAUGGUAGAAAAGUAACAGUCUCGGUAAACAUUACCGUUCUCUUCAACAGUUAUUCUUCUGUUGGAUCUGAGUCACUUUGCUGUCUGGUCAUCAUGAUCAAGCGCACUAAACCAGUCAUAGAUGAGAUUAUGCAACAGGAGAUAAGGCCUCUGCUGGCUGUUGACAUCAUCGAACAGCUUCACAGGCAGUUUGCAAUGCUGUCAGGGGGACGAGGGAAGGAUGGUGCCCCGAUCAUUACUUUCCCAGAAUUCUCAGGCUUUAAUGAUCUUUCUGAUGAGGACUUCAUCAACGUAGUCACAUAUCUGACCAGCAUACCCAGUCUGGAUGCGGCCAGCAUCGGUUUCAUCAUUAUCAUAGACCGCCGGCGGGAUAAAUGGACCUCUGUGAAGGCCUCACUGGCUCGAAUAGCGGGAGCAUUUCCAGGCAACCUGCAGCUAGUCUUGGUCCUGAGGCCGUCACAGUUCUUACAGAGGACCAUCGCUGACAUUGGCAUCCGGUUACACCAUAAUGAUUUUAAAAUGAAGGUACCGAUCGUCAUGCUGAAUUCCCUGUCAGAUCUGCAUCGCUAUGUGGAUAAAGGCCAGCUUACAUGCGAAUUAGGAGGAAGCCUGCAGUACUGCCACAGUCAGUGGAUCCACCACCGCACAGCAAUCGAAAACUUCGCUGUGACGGUGAAGACCACAGCCCAAAUGCUUCAGAGAUUCGGAACAGACUUGGCGGAAACUGAACUUCCCAAUGACGUGCAAUGCACCAAAGAUCUCCUGACAGCUCACACAGACCAGCACGACAGGCUUCAGGAUGAACUAAAGUUGGCUUUGAAGCAAGGGACCACGUUGCUUUCGUGUAUCAAAGAUCAAGCCAGUAAAUCUGAGAACCAGAAACUUAAUCCAGACGAAACGGAAAACCUAACCACAGUCGAAAGACUGUUAGCUCAGCUGGAUGAGACUGAAAAUGCAUUUCAACAAUUCUGGUCCAGACAUCACUUGAAGUUAGAGCAGUGUUUGCAGUUAAGACAUUUCGAGCAGGACUUUAGAGAGGUGAAACUCUCCCUGGACAGCCUGAUGGAGAAUUUGCUGGCACUUUCUGACACCGGAGACGGUGCAAGUCGCAUUGAACAGCUGUUAAAAGACCUGAGGAGCCUGCAGGACAGAGCUCAGGAAUCUUUGGAAAAGGCACAGCUGCACGCGCUGCACGGCGACCAGUUAAUCCAGAGCAACCACUACGCUGUGGACUCCAUUCGGCCCAAGUGCGUGGAGCUGCGGCGCAUUUGCGACGACUUCAGCAACGAAGCCAAAAAAAAAUAUGACGUCCUGUCCAAAUCGCUUGAGAUCCAUACCUGGAUCGAGAAGGUGAUCCAGUGGUGCGAGAAUGGUGUGUAUCUGCUGGCCUCGCAGGCUGUAGAUAAGUGCCAGUCUCAGGAUGGGGCAGAAGCGGCUCUGCAGGACAUUGAGGGGUACAUGGAGACAGCUAAGGAGCAGCAGCUCAGUCAGCUCAAAGACCUCUACAACCAACAUGAGAUGGCUCUCUCUGAUCUUGUGAAGAUCAAUGUGCAGAAUGCCUUGAAACGACUAGAAGAAGUGCAGGAGAUGUUUGAAAAGAGAAGCAUCAGCCUGAAGAGGUUGUCUGCCAAGCAAGCCAGACCUGUGCAGCCUGUGGCUCCACGCCCUGAAUCUUCUCCCAAGCGCCCAUCUCCUAAAAGCACACGACCAACUAGUUCUGCACCAAACCGCAGAGGGCCAGAGAAUAGUUUCACCAAACAUACCUCUGCUGAUACUGAGUUGGCAAGAAAGAAAAACAUUCGCAAGACUAAAGGAGGCAUCAAGAUUGAAGUUAUGCACGAGGAGAGUCAAGGAGGUACAAGCCACGUUCUCGUGAGCAGCGAGACAGAAGAGAACUUGUCAAGCAGGCGGCGACACAUUAUGAACGAGCUGAUUGAAACAGAGAGACUCUAUGUUGAGGAGCUCCAGAGUAUAAUUGAGGGGUAUGCGGCGGCACUGGAUAAUUCAGAAAUGACACACCUAAUACCAACAGUAUUGGAAAACAAGAAGGACGUGCUGUUCGGGAAUCUUGACGAUAUCUACGCCUUUCAUAAUAGGACAUUUCUCAAAGAGCUGGAAAAUUGCAUGGAGAAGCCAGAGUUAGUGGGAACAUGCUUCUUGAAAAGAAAAGAAGAGCUGCAGAUCUAUGAGAAAUACUGUCAAAAUAAACCACGGUCUGAAGCUCUUUGGAGGCAGUGUGGGGACAGUCUGUUCUUUCAGGAAUGCCAAAAACGGUUGGACCACAAGCUUUCGUUAGAUGCAUACCUGCUGAAGCCUGUGCAGAGAAUCACCAAGUACCAGUUAAUGUUGAAGGAGAUGCUGAAAUGCAGCAAGAACUCAGAGGGUACGGCGGAACUAGAGGAAGCUUUGGCCACCGUGUUGGACAUCUUAAAGUCUGUCAAUGAUUCCAUGCAUCAGAUUGCUAUCACUGGCUUUGAGGGUAAUUUGAAUGACCUGGGUAAGCUACUUAUGCAAGGCUCUUUCAACGUGUGGACAGACCAUAAGAAAGGUCACAAUAAAGUAAAGGACUUGGCGCGAUUUAAGCCCAUGCAGAGGCACCUCUUCUUGUACAAUAAGAUGAUUUUGUUUUGCAAGAAACGUGAGGAGAACUCAGAUGGCCAAGAGAAAUCACCAUCCUACAGUUUCAAGCACUCGCUGAAGAUGAGUGCAGUUGGAAUCACAGAGAAUGUAAAAGGAGACGCAAAGAAAUUCGAAAUCUGGUACAAUGGGAGAGAGGAAGUCUACAUCAUUCAGGCCUCCUCCAUGGACGUGAAGAACACGUGGGUGUCCGAGAUCAGGAAAGUACUGACGGGCCAACUGGAGGCGUGCAAAGAGGCAAGUCAGCUCCAUCAAAGAAUCACGGAAAACGUUUACCAUGCUCCCAUGAGGAACACUCGCAAAGUCGCCCUGAGACAGUCAGACUCCUCGAGUCCAGAGACAGGCUACAAGCGCAGUGACAGUGGCCCCAACAUGAGGCAGAAACGAGCUGGUGCUAUGUCCAACCUUAGCUCAGACCCAUCCUCUGCUUUGGCUAGAAAGCGAUUCACCUUACAUGGCCUCUCCAAUCGCAGGUCCCUGCCAUCAGAGCCGACGCCUAAGGAGGCCGAAGUCCCUCGGCGCUUCUCUUUAGCCUCCUCCCUCAGUGCUUCCACUACCACACGCACAAAAGGUCCUCUUUCUUCGACCAUUAAAAGCAAGAGACACCAAAUUAAGAGUGACCCCACUCCAUUUGGUUAUGAAGAUUCUUUGCGAGGUGCUCUUCCUGCUGACAGCAAAAAUAAAGGCACAGCAAGUGCCAAGGCCACUGUGCCUAGGUCCACCUCUCAACCAGGAUGGACCCAGCGGCGUUUACCCUCGAUGGAUACCGAAGACUUUGAGACCAUCCCAUCCAGCGCUGAAGAGCUCUCAAAUUCAUCGGACGGGGAAGAGGACAGCAAUAACAAAAAUGGGGAGCACAAUUGCUUUCAGGUGCAGCUUACGUACGAGUCGCGAGCACCGCAGGAGAUGUCGCUGGAGCCUGGAGAUUUAGUACAGUUCCUAGAAGAGGUUGAGAAUGGACACUGGCUAGUCAAGAACCUAAUAACUCUGAAGACAGGGCUGGUUCCACCCAGUAUCCUGCAGUCUACAGCAGGAGGAGUGGACAUUUACAGUAACACUGAUAUCUUCAGUGACCUGUGUACAGCGGCCCUCACAGACACAGAAGGAACUGAGGAGAGGACUGGGCUGCUGCCAGUCCAGGAGAACAGAUUUGCAUGUUGAACAUGUCUUUUUUCUUUUUAUUUUCUAGCUUUUUAUAGUGCCAUGCAUCAACGGACCACGCAGGAUACCUCCCUGCUAAACCCUUGUGUUACUGUAAAGUAAAGACAAUCUUUUGCUGCUAUUCCCACUUGUGCCAUGUCGACCAGAGAGUGCGCAAAGGACUGGAACUUGGAUUUUUUUUUUUUUUAGCCUUUGGACGCUAAAUUUUGCUGAUGCAAAGCAAUGGAUGUGGCCAGCCAGCUGUCAUGGCUAGCUGAUUUAGCAGUGCCUGAGCAGCUAAUCAACACUGACAUUUUUUAAGAGGAAAACUGGAAUCCAGUGUGCAUUAAAGCAGUGUUUCAGCAUCGGCUCAUGUGAUGCUUGUUUUGAAAAACAGGCCUGAUCAUGUCAUGAAGCCGAGCGAAGUGAAUGAGAGAGAAAAAGACUCUAAACUGUCCUGUCCUGCUGAAAUUACCACUCCGAAUGUUCUUAUAGCCUGGAUCACUUUGUUUAUCAGAAACAGUCAAAUGGAACAGAAGUCAUCUCAGUGAAAUUACCUUUUUUUAUUCUGUUGGUCAAAAAUGCAGCAAUUUAAAGUAAAAAUAACAAUCCAUUAUGUUUGUGUAUUAUAUACGAUUUCUGUACUCUUUUGUAUUUGGCAUCUUAUUUGUUCUGUAAUUGCUCUUUAAACAUUCAUUUCCUGGUCUACAAAUGUCUCUCUUGGGGAUGUUUAGCCUCUAAGCAAUUUUAUCAGUUAUUUGAUAUUUUAUUGUAGCACAAAUAUUCCAUCUCUAAUGUAAGAACAAAUAGUAUUGCUAUAUAUGAACCUUAUACCUUUUUCCGAUUCAAACAAAUUUAGCUUCUUGUCAAAAAAAUCAAAUCAAAGACAAAUCACUCUCUGAAGUGUAUCAGACGUGGCCUUGGCAUUUCCUUAACACAGCAGAACAUUUUGCAGUGAUAAUUUGUUACUGAAAGGAUAAUAGUCUCACAGCAAGAACUGUUUUACAUAAUAAGAAAGGUUGUUCCAUUAUGACAUCCCUGUUAAAUGUAAAAAAAAAAUUUGAUUGCACCAUGUCUUAUUGAUUUCGAUAGUAGAGGUUGUAAACAUUUUCUAAGACGGACCACACUUCUCUAUACUGUAUAUAUCCUAUUUUGUUUUAUUCAUUUAUGGAUGACGGUUCUAAGCACAAAAAUGACCUGGAAUGCAGAGUUUAUUGCUGAUGAUUAUACUACGCUGUUAUUUAUUAAGAGAAGAUUAUGCUUUCAACUGGUUUAAAAGGUUAGUGUAUUACGUCUGCAUUUUUAAACAGAUGAUUAAAUACAUAUAA